CGCUUUGUGUAACAUAGCAGACCAACCAUUUCUAUUAAACAUAUGGCGUCACUUCCUGGACCGUGAAACAGCAAUGGCAGAAAGGGGAUACAGUUUCUCUCUAACUACAUUCAGCCCUUCAGGGAAGCUGGUUCAGAUUGAAUAUGCACUGGCAGCUGUUGCAGCAGGAGCUCCAUCAGUUGGAAUUAAAGCUGCAAACGGUGUAGUGUUGGCGACAGAGAAGAAGCAGAAGUCGAUACUGUACGAUGAGCAGAGCGUCCACAAAGUAGAGCCCAUAACCAAACACAUUGGCAUGGUGUACAGUGGGAUGGGCCCAGACUACAGGGUUUUGGUGAGGAGAGCACGAAAGCUUGCUCAGCAGUACUUCCUGGUCUACCAAGAGCCGAUUCCCACAGGCCAGCUUGUUCAGAGGGUUGCUUCGGUCAUGCAAGAGUACACACAAUCAGGUGGUGUUCGUCCUUUUGGUGUAUCUCUCCUGAUUGCUGGCUGGGAUGAAGAUCGUCCGUACCUCUUUCAGUCUGAUCCCUCGGGUGCAUACUUUGCAUGGAAAGCCACAGCCAUGGGAAAGAACUACGUGAAUGGAAAAACCUUCCUUGAAAAAAGAUACAAUGAGGAUCUGGAACUGGAAGAUGCCAUUCACACAGCUAUUUUGACCCUCAAGGAAAGCUUUGAAGGCCAGAUGACGGAGGACAACAUUGAGGUGGGAAUCUGCAACGAGAGCGGCUUCAGGCGACUGACUCCUGCAGAAGUGAAAGACUACCUAGCAGCUAUUGCGUAAAUUCAACCAGAAACACUGAUUCAUUUUGAGUUCAUUUCUUCAGAAAAGAUUAAAAUGUUUGAGAAGUGCAGUGGAUUUAAAUGGUAGUUUUAUUAUUUGUAUUUUUUUUUCUACUUGAUGAAGAAAAUAAACUACCAUAAUACAUGCAAA